GUGCAACGCAGAGACAAGGGUCGAAACAAGGCGAGGACUGCACAUCACCGACACAGGUCUCUGCUGUGGGAGAAUGAAACCAUUCUCAGCGUUUGCUCUUGUCUCCCUCUUUCUCCUCUCCACUGUGGCUGCAGAAUUUUCAUUUUCGGAUGAGGCCACCGAGCCGAUUUGUGAGCAGCUCAGAGAAUUGUUCCAAGUAUGCCCAAAAAGUUACAUACCCGUGUGUGGAACUGAUGGCAUCACCUAUGACAACGAAUGCCACCUUUGCAAUGCAGCUCAAAAAGACCAAACUGAAAUCUUGAUCCAGAAAUUCGGACCAUGCGGAAAUCAACGUCGCACCGAUUAACCAGAUUCCACAAAUUGGUCAAAUUAACAUAUUAUUGUCGGUUGUAUGUAUGUGUCAACGAUGGGGAAAAUAGAGACAAUCAAAACA